AUGAUAAAAAAGAAGAACAUCUCUUACUAACCUAAAAUUGUUUGGUUAGAUUGUACGAAAAUAAGAAAGAUGUUAACAACAUUAGAAUUAAUACCAAAUAGACAACUUCUGGAUUCAAAUUUUGAUGGUUAUAAACUAUCACUUCAAGAAAUACCAAUGAAAAAGUUAGAUUUUACGAUUCCAGUUGACAGGGUACUUUUAAAUCCACAACAAUGUUCUAUACUACAUGCUAAUUUGUUCGGGUAUCACAAUCAUUUAAUAUCCGAUAUUUUUGAUGAGAUAAAUUCGGUGUAUUAUAUAGAUAAAGAAUUCAAUAUUUGUAAAAUAUACAUGGAUCCACUUCAAGGGGAUCUUAUAAAUCCAUUAGUUGUUUUAAAACUUCGAAAAAACAGGGAGCGGCAAACAGGUGAUUAUAACGCGUCUUUAAAAUUCGUUUCAUCAUCAACAGCUGUAAUCGGUGAUGGUAUUGGUACUUUAUAUAUUAUAAACACUGGUAACAGAAAUGAUGAUGACGAUUUUUCCAUAUGUUUCUCUGAUGAAGUUAUAGGUGAAGAUUCGCCUUUCCUUAUAUUAGAUGCAGUGCUGAAAGUGAACAAUGACAAUCAAGAACUGCAUGUAUUAGCUUUGAGCUUCAAGAAAAGUAAAAAUGAAAAAUUCUUCACAUUACUACACUGGAUAUCAUUUAAAAAAAUACAAGACGCAUGGGAACAAGCCGCUAUUAAACAGAUUAAAACGAAAGGUUGCGUACAGUACGCUUAUAUUGAAAAAAACUGUGAAGCUAUAUAUGUUGUUAGUGACGAUGAAUGUGGAUUUAUAUUGAAUUCAGAUGUACCGAUCGUGGAAAAACCAGUAAUACCAGUGGAAAAAGUAUAUAAAUGGUCGCAAAAUAUUGAAGACAUAACAAUUAAAAUCCCAUUGCAACCAGAUACCAAUAAACGAAUAAUCAGAGUAGAUACUGAAAAUACUUAUAUAAAAGUAAAAUCUGGUGAAAUAGAUUUGAUAAAAGGGGAGUUAUAUCAAAGAAUAGACCCCGAUUUAACUACUUGGACUCUUAUACAAGGACUAUUAGAAAUUAGUCUAUAUAAAAGUGAAACGGGACUUAUGUGGCCAGAAUUAGUUAAAAACGAUCAUACAGGUGAACAUGUUGUAGAUUCUUGUAUAGUGGAAGAAGUACACGCGAGAUUAGGUCAUCUGACUAAUGAAUCUGAGUCAAUGCCUCAAUGUGGUUCGACGUUCAAUUCCCAGCAAGUCGAAGAGUGCGAUUUUGAAAACGACAAAACAUUUACUUUCGAAAGAUUGUGUGGGAAGACAAAUAGUACGACUCACAAAAUCAAUUUAGGUACUAACCAAGUUUUAUUAUGUGCAAAUUUGAGCCCAGAUUUAGUCCCUGCUGUAGGCAUUCGCUACGAUGUUGAUAUAUGUUUGUGGCAACCGCAUUAUAACGAAACAUUUUCUAUUACACACGAAGGAACUCUGUUAGCUUUGGGAUACGUCCAAGCUUCAAAACAGAAUCGAAAGUAUACGGUAUGUCCGCCUGAUAUGAACUACGCGGUUAUAUGCGAAACUAACGGUCAUUUAUUUAUAUAUCGACAAAAUAGGUCGAUUACAAAUACGGAACUCAGAAAUAGGACAACCGGUAGGAGAGUACAGAAAAUAGCGCAACAACAAGUCGUUAAUUUGUGUAACGAAGAAAUAAUAGGAAUUUAUGCGUCAAAUACAACUUUGUUUUUAUUAUGUGAAAAAAGUAUUAUUGUUUUAAGAUUAUAAGAAUCAUAUAAUAAAUUUAUAGAAUAUU